AUGAGGAGCGGGCGCGGCGGCCGGCGGUGCCUGGGCGGGGAACCGGCUGCGUGCGCCAUGAACCCCGAGCUGGCGAUGGAGCCGCUGGGCAGCCUGCACGGGGCGGCGGGGCACGAACCGGAGAUGAUGGGCAGCCCCAGCCCUCACCACGGCGGCCGCAGCGCGGGGCCGCUCCGGGUGCCGCCCCCCCCACCGCCGCCGCCGCCGCCGCACCAGGAGCUGCCCCCCGCCGCCCGGCCCGCCAUGGUGCCCAGCAUGGCCUCGCUGCUGGACGGCGCCGCCGAGUACCGGCCCGAGCUCUCCAUCCCGCUGCACCACGCCAUGAGCGUGCCCUGCGAGGCCUCGCCGCCCGGCAUGGGCAUGAGCGGCACCUACACCACGCUGACGCCGCUCCAGCCCCUGCCGCCCAUCUCCGCCGUCUCCGACAAGUUCCACCACCCGCAUGCCCACCCGCACGCCCACCACCACCACCACCACCAGCGCCUGCCGGGCAGCGCCGGCGGCGGCUUCGCGCUCAUGCGGGACGAGCGCGGGCUGCCGGCCGUCAAUAGCCUCUACGGGCCCUACAAGGAGGUGCCGGCCGUGGGGCAGAGCCUCUCGCCGCUGGGCAACGGGCUGGGCCCGCUCCCCGGCUCCCAACAGGGCCUGCACGGCUACGGGCCGCCCGGCCACGACAAGAUGCUGAGCCCCAACUUCGAGGCGCACGCAGCGAUGCUGGCGCGGGGGGAGCAGCACCUGCCCCGGGGGCUGGGGACGCCCCCGGCCAUGCUGCCGCCCCUGAACGGCGCGCACCACCCCGCGCCCCCCGGGCCGCCGCCGCCGCACGGCCCCGCGCUGCCCGCCGGCCGGGAGCGGCCGCCCCCCGCCGCCGGCCCGCAGGGGAGCGGCGCGGGGCAGCUGGAGGAGAUCAACACCAAGGAGGUGGCACAAAGGAUCACGGCGGAGCUGAAGCGCUACAGCAUCCCGCAGGCCAUCUUCGCCCAACGAGUGCUGUGCCGCUCCCAGGGGACCCUCUCGGACUUGCUGCGGAACCCCAAGCCUUGGAGUAAACUCAAGUCCGGCCGGGAGACGUUCCGCAGGAUGUGGAAGUGGCUACAGGAGCCGGAGUUCCAGAGGAUGUCUGCCCUGCGGCUAGCAGCCUGCAAACGCAAAGAGCAAGAGCCCAACAAAGAGCGGAACAACUCCCAGAAGAAAUCCCGCCUGGUUUUCACCGACCUCCAGCGCCGAACGCUUUUCGCCAUCUUCAAGGAGAACAAGCGUCCCUCCAAAGAAAUGCAGAUCACCAUCUCCCAGCAGCUGGGCCUGGAGCUCACCACCGUCAGCAACUUCUUCAUGAACGCCCGCCGGCGCAGCCUGGAGAAGUGGCAGGACGACCUGAGCUCCGGGGGCUCCUCCUCGGCCCCCAGCACCUGCACCAAGGCGUGAGGGGCGGGCACGGCCGGCAGGGCGCGGCGAGAGCGGCUCCGCGGCACGGCCCCUCGCUGCCCACUAAAGCACAAUCCCCCGCCAGCCAGCCCGGCCCCGAGGACGUUCCUACGGCUUCUCUCAGUCUUAGCAGGCGCAGGCUCCACUCCAACCUCUCUCCACACAAUACUAUGCUCAGGACAGGCGAAGCAGGUCUGAAACGUAGGGGAGUCGUUCUUGAGGCAGGUUUCUCCUGAGCCCCGGGUUUCCGUGGCCGGCGGGAUCCGCUGCCGGCCCGGCUGCCUGCCGUGUGCUGGCCACACCACCCUGCGGCCACACGACAACGGAGCACAAAGUCGGAUACUAGAAACCCAAGACCCUGUUUUUAAACUCAGGCAUGGUUUUUUGUUAAGUGUUUUAGGGGAAAAACAAAAAAUCAGAUUUAAGGUUUUUUUGGUUGUUUUUUUUUUAGUUUAAUUUAAUCAGCUUGUUCUUGGAUCAGAAACGUUCAGUUCUCUUGAGCUCAAAGUAUCAAGCACAAAGCCGGUAGCUACAGCCGCGGUGGGGCCCUGGGCUGCCCAGGGAGGCCGUGCCAGCUGCAGCCUGACAUCCCGGGAACACCGCACGAGCCUCAAGCACAGCUGGCAGUUCCUCACAAGCUCUGUGUUUGUACCUAAUGCACACUCAGGAGGUCGAUGGAACUGCUACAGUUCAUGGAGCAAACACAAUGUUUUGGAAGACUUAGAUUAAUUUACAUUAUUACAUCCUUUUUAGUUUCUGGGAAUCUGGUUUCUCCUCGGCAACGGCUGUUACCGAAACCUUUUCAGCGUUCCGUGUAUUUUUGUUCAUUUUAUCAGUAUUUUAUGGUACUUCAAGCAGGAAAACAAACAGAAACAAGCCCUUCAGAUGCCACUGACCGUUUCAGAUGUGCCGCGUUUAGCUCUAUCGCAUCCCUAAGUUCCUUUUCCCUGCCGGCUCCCCGAGCCGGCAGGAACACAGCACACCAAAGAGACAGGAUUUCUGCAAGCCAAAGAUGUUUAUAACUUGCCAUUUCUCCUCGUGGCCGCUGGUGCGGUGGUUGGCCGGCGCCGGGGAAGCCUGGCGAGCUGCACGCCCUCCCUCCAGCUCCGUGCAGCGGAGCCGCCCUGGCGGCGGCGCUGCGGCCGCCGGCUGCUGACCGGCCUGGGCGGCGCGCUCCGCCACAGACACUUGAGACUUUUUUUAUGUACUGCUUAAUCGAAACCAAAGAAACGUUUUCUGCACCUACUUCUUCUGCAACAAACUGUUCCAUUGAAAGAUAAAAUAAAAAUUAAAAAAAAAAAAAAACAAGGAAGCAUGUCAGGAAGCAAACGAGUCCCACACUGUGUUCUACAAACAUCUUGGACGUUUUCGGAAGCAGAUCUCAAAGAAAGGGUUGACGAGAAUGAGAACAAAGCAAAGCCAGUACAAUUGCUGCUUCAUUUGACAACUCAAGUCCUCUUAAAGUUGAAGAUUGUCUUUAAUUUGUGCCUAUGCAGUUUUUUCAAAAGAACAAGGAACAGAGCAACCAAAACCUCAACAGCUACAAUACCAAAGAUGAGGAUUCUCAUGACUUGUGUUUCAGUUCGUUUCUCCUCUUGCACGACGAAUGCACAUAACCCCACUGAUCUCUGGACAGGUAACCACUCGUGAGUCUCUGUGCAGCCAGAAGGGUGGGUUCAUUUCUGUUUUCCCUCUUUCUGCCCCACAUGGCACCUCUCCCAGAGCUGCAUGGACUCCAAGUGCAGGAGGUUGGAAUACUACCCUGGUGCAUCUCCUCCCUCCAGGAAACACUCGUGGGUUGGCUGUGACUUGUGUGUUGGUCUCCUGUGUGUCUGGAGGCGUGGACAGCCACCCUCCUGCGCGUGACAUCGGUCCAGUGACCUCCACCCUUCUUUCUCCUCCCCAGGGAUCAAACUUGCAAUAGGUGUGUUCCCAUCUCUGUCACUGUGAGUGCUGAGCAGCGCCGCAGCCUGGCUCCAAACCUCCACCUGAACCAAACCCAAGUAUUCAGCAGUUCCUGGGGCACUUCAGGAGCUGCUUCUGAAUGUUGUUUGAUCCAGGUCAUGAUGAUCCAGAUCAUGACAUGUCCAAAUUUGUCCGCAGAGCCGGAGCGCAUCUUGCUCCUCUCUGCCUUUAAACAAGGGCUUCAUUUUAACUGCUUCACAGAACUGCUGCAGUCACUUUGCAAUGACUGCACUUAAAAUAGAAAAAAAAAAAAAUAAUCAAGAAGCCUCACCCGCUCAGGACAGGAAAAGUUUCUGGAAAGCAAAUUCAGGAUCCUCACAGCUAAAUUGACAGCACGUGCCUGCUCUGGGGAUCAAAGGAUCCUUUGGCAGAUUCCAAAGAGAUUUGGAGAAUCCUUGUGGCCAGACAUGGAAUAAAGUUGCCAAAAAUUGGUCCCAAUCUGUGUUGAUGUGUCCUGAGGGCUUCUCACCCAAAUGCCAGAUGUUUGAGUGCAGAGUUUGGAGCCAGCAGGCUGGAGCAGGGCCCAGCUGAAGUUUCACUUUCAUUCCCACCUAAGUGUCCAUCAGACCAGCCCCUGGUGCAUUUUGAACUCGGCAUUUUCCUCAGGGGAGCUGUCUCGUGCUGGAAGGGUGCCCUGCAAUCUGCAGUGGCAGGGGAUGACACAGGACCAGUGAAAACCCCAGCUCCCCUUCCUGCAGUGAGAGGGCAGGGAAGUGCAUUGCAUCCCACAGGGAAUGAGCCCCAGGCAUCCUCUGAGCAUGUGGGACCCCUCACUGAGGCUCAUCUCACCUGAGGGACACUCCCCUGAGGGACAUGCAGAUCGCCACAGCUCUGCCUCCCACCUUCCCCAGAGGCAGAGGGAGCUGCCCACAGCUUCUGGUGGAGCCUGGGAGCAAAGACCUGAGCUUUUUGCUCCUGCUCAGAGCUCAUCCAAUAGCCCCAACAAAGGGCGUUUAGAUCAGGUACUGAAUUACUUACGAAUUUCUCCUCAGUAGGAUUCUCUCCAAAUUGUGGAAGCGGUUGUUAUGCAGCAUUACAGAGUAGCAACACAGAUGAGGCUUCUCUGGGCUGGGGCCUCAAACCCAUCAAUAGCCCCCAUGCAUUUUCACCCUAAGAUCCUGCUGCAUUUUUUAUCCCUGCAUCUCUCGUGGCCCUGUGUGACGUCUUCCAUUUCAGUGUCCACCCUGGUAGGCCUUUAUGUAGCAGCUCCCUCCGAGGAGGAGCGCGGCAGCCAGAGACCGUGCUGGAGGUGUUUGUGCUGCCCACACACACCAGAGCCCUGCAGUUGUGUUCCACCUCCAGGCCCUGUGCUGGCCAAUCUCUAGAGCUGUGUCAUGUAACUUGUCGCUUUAUUUCUCGUGCUGCCAAAGACUCGUGUGUACUGAGAGUAUCCCAGCAUCUUCUGGAAUCUGGAGCCCCGACCUUGGGCACAGCCAGGAUGAAUUCAGCUUCGGAGAAACCUUGGAUAUGGCUGGAUGUGCCGUGCAGGAACAAAGAGUGUGCUCACUGACUCGGGUUGCAAAGCUUUGUCAUGGGUCUCUCGUAGGUGCAGCUGAAGCCAAAGCGCCGCGCGGCGCUCGGGCGGCAGAGCCCGCUCCGCCCGCGGGAGGGCAGGGCUCUCCUUUCCCCGGGGCAGCCCCCGGCCCGCAGAGCGCGCUGCCUUCGGGCGCGGCCCGCGCUUCCCCUGCUUGUCACACUGCCCAAGUGUUUUUAUGAGACGGGGAAACUUUCUACUUGGCCUCCUUUAUAUUUAUUAUGGGGAAUUUUUAUGGGUUAAAUUUUUUAAGAAGGCAAAGCUUAAAAUGGUUUUAUUUUUUUCCAGACGCCGGUGGGUUUUAACCCGAUAUAUUAUCUAUCAAUAAUGUAAUUUAUUUAAUUUAGUCUUAGAGCAGGUCCUGAGAUCUCUGUUCAGUCUGAAUCCCAUUGUGUUCGGUUUAGCUUUUGAAUCCAGUGGGAGUUUUGCCUGAAUGUAGAUGGGGGGUCGGGCUCUGGUGUUAGCUCUCUGUAUCUAUUUAAUCCAGCCAUUUGUGAGUUCGUUUGGGAGUAACUGUGCUUAUUUAUCCGCAGGGCUGGUGUAGCCAUCGGCCUGUUAGUAAACACACCUCAGAGCUGGUAUUGCCUCGAAGAGCAGCCAGCUUCUGUCACACACGGGAAGAGCAACUCCUUCCCUAAAAGUCUACUUUUAAUUCCUUCUUUUAAAUCAUUUUAAUCGUUUAAAUAUCAACGUUUAAAUUAUUUAAGUUAAUCCCUUCCUGAUUAGAAAGUGGGACAUACCUUUAGUAUGGCACAGGAAGCCUUCCUAAUAUAACUUAUUUAUUUAACUUAUUCAUCAUCACCCGGGGAUGCCCUUGUAGAGUUUUUAUUUUUUAAUUAGAGUUAUCUAUAAAGCACUACAGCUGAUUUCCUGUAAGAGCAGCAGAGCAAACUUUGAGGACAAGCAAUGAAUAUUCAACCUAAAACUGUGUGUUCAGAAAAAUAGGGGGAAAAAAAAAAGACACUGGGAUACUUUGCCUGAACUUUGUGGCUUCUUAAAACUUAAGCUGGGGGGAAAAUAAUCCAUGCCAAGCAAAAAGAGAGAAACCCUUAAACUAGCUGCUUCCAAGAAUGAACUUCUGUGUGUGGAAAAAAAAAAA